UAGACUUGGGAGGGGUUGGAGGAAGAUAUAAAGGCUGGUAGCUGGAGACACAGAGCAACACUGAACUGGAGAGACUCAAGGGGAGGAGGAAUCAAACAACAAAACAUGAAGAUGAACCUGAAACUUCUUUUUUGCCCUGGAUUCCUUCUGCUGCUUAUUGUCAGUCAAAAUCAGGCAAGGGACAGGCCCAUUUCCAGCUUACAGAGUCUGUCUAAACUGUUAGAUGGGGACCUGGAGCAUCCCCUGGUCUCAGAAGAGAGGGACCAUGAGCAAGACAACAUGAUCCCAACAGGUGCCUUUGAUCAGCAAGGCACUGAAUUCCAGUGGACUGGAAACACCAGGGACCAGCCUGAGAGCAUGUCCAUGGAUGACAGCGCUGUCCAGAGGUUCUUCAAUGACCUUCUAAGUUUACCCCGUAGAUACCAAGGCAGAAGCAAAAAGGGCCUCUCCAGGGGCUGUUUUGGUGUCAAGCUGGACAGAAUUGGCUCACUGAGUGGACUGGGAUGCUAACUGCUUACUAUGGACUGACUUUGAGGUUUCAAAGGACCUGUUGCCUUUCAGUAAGAUAUUGAGCCCUUAUUCAUAUUGGCUCCACCAAUCCAUCUACUACAUCAUGUACUGGGCAAAUUGCACCCCACCUCUCCCCUGAAUUACUUGGCAAAUAGAACACACCACUGCUGUACUGUCUAUUUGUAUCAGAGUAAUAGUUUGUGAACAUCUGAAAUUUAAUUACAAAAAAAAUUGUACUGUUUGUGAACUAAAUGUAUAAAUAAAUAAGUCUAAUUUCUCAUUAUGUCACUGAUA